AUGGUAUGGCCAACAGGUCGGGCUGGCAGGCAACUUCCAACGACAUGUAAGGCGCCAGCAACUCAAACCCCAUGUAAAGAUAUCCAUCUGUUAGCUAGAGCCCUACCAGAGACAGAAAGAAAUUUACUGGGUGGUAAACAAAAUACCGUUACACCUACCCUUGCCCUUAGCUUGCUUGGUGGAACUUGA